AUGGCAGAUGAAGACUUUUUCUCCCUUCUCCUCAGCAACCAUAUUGGGGGAGGAAGCGGGAUGCCCCCUGACGAGCUACAGCAACAACAACUGCUCCUGCAACGUCGCCAACGUCGACUUCAGCAGCAGCAGCUUAUGCAGCAGCAACAGCAGAAUACCAGCACUAGCACUAGGGAAGGACGAAAUGAAGAGGGCAUGACUCAAUGCCAUGCCAGGCUUGAUCGCCGCGCACGAUCAGCUGUUCGCGCAAACGCAUCAGAAACAAAUGGUGAGCGCUGGAGUCCACUGCAGCGAAUACAGGCGAAAGUGCUGGGAGGCCAGCAGCAUCAGGGGAUGGAGCCGCUCACGGAACAGAGACGCAAGUCGCGAUCGAAACGGCAACACAAGCAGAACACGGGGGGAAAGCAGCAGCAGUACCUGCAGCUCUCAAAUGGAGGGGAAAUUCGCCAUUGUGCAAGAGAAUCCCAUUGGAUUAUUCACAGCGACAGGAAAAGCGGCCGCGGCAGCACCUCAAGCAUAAGUGGCAGCAGCGCCCCUGGCAUAAGUGGCAACAGCAGCUGCACUUCCAGAAAAUCGAAGUGCUCGAGGCAAACGGAGGCAAAUCGCCGGUGGAGGUUCAGGAGCAGCAGCUGCACAGGCAGUGCACUACACUGCAGCAGCGAAAGCAGUUACAGUAGGAAAGGAAGCAAGGGUAGGUGCCAAGAUGGAGGCUGCAGGCCCUGCAGAGACAGGAGGGAUGACAGGAAAGCUCCUGAUGAAAGUUUGACUAGGAACCAGAUAGAGUCAAGCAGCAUCGAUGAAUGCAGUAGCAGCAGCAGCAGCAGCAGCAGCAGGCCAUGCCACAGCAGUCGCCGUACUCGAACCUGCUCUAAUUCCUCAGCCUGGAAGAAACAGAACCAUCGACGAGAGCCGAAUGUAGAACAGCCAGAAGAGCUGCUGCAAUGCCGACAGCAAAAGCUGCACCAACAGGAUCACAACCAGCUCCAACGUCAAAGUGACAGGAGCGGCAGUAGCAAAGAUUCAGUUGCGUCCUUGAUCUCCCGCAGUCGUCGCCUUCUGUUAGGAAACGCUUCGAGACUUCGAGAGCGACGGCAGCAUCAGCACCCAUUGCAUCAGCAGCAAGAAGAACAUCUGCGCCGAGAACAGUUGCCGCAACAUGUUGCGCUGCAGCCAAAGGAGUGCAUUCAACAAGAACGAAAAUAUCCAGCGCGGCAGAAACGCAACAGCAGCCUCAGCAGUACUGGAACAAAUACAGUCAACAACGACAGCGACUUCAGGAAUCGCAGCAGCAAACUGAACCUUUUCACAGUGCCCUACCACCAAGGCAGGGACACGCAGAUGCCUGCCAGAGUCCAGGAGCCGCAGCCACAACAACACAAUCUAAAGCUGCUGCAGCGUCAAGAGCCAUCCCACCAAAAGCAACAGGAAAAAAGUGGAACAAAACUUCGAGAGAUGGAAGAUGCAAUACAGCAGGCAAGGCUGCUGCUGCUACAGCAGCAACAACAACAGCUCCAGGAGCUCCAGGUGCAGCAGCGGCUCCUGCAGCAACAACAGCUGCAGCACCAAAAGGCCGAGGCCGAGUUAAGAGAAAGGGAACACCAGCUCCAGCAGGCCGAGAUCGCGCUGCGUUCGGAGCGACGGCAGCAGCAAGGAGCAAACAACAUGCGACAGCAGCGUCGUGCUGUGGCAGCAGCAGCUGCUGUUGGAGCAGCUGCAGCAGCAGCAGAAGCGGAAGCAGUUGCGGCUCACAACCAGCAGAAGAAGCACCUACAGCAACGCAUUGCCGUACUUCAACUUGAGCUGCAGCAGACUGCGGAAGCCAAGCAGGAGCAAGAAGCUCUCGUAGAAGCGCUGCGAAGAGAGAAGGAGGAACAGCGUCACGCAGCAGCAGCAGCAACAGCUGAGCAGGUCAAAGAGAGCCUGCAGCAACAGCAGCUGCUCAGACAGCAGUUCCAGAAGCAGAUCACGGAGCUCUCUAGUGUUCACCAGAGGCAGCUGCAGGAAGCGCAGCAGCAACACGAAAAGAAGCUGCAGCAGCAGCUAAACAAGCACCAGGAAACGGCGAACAGCGAAAGAGGACAGCUGCAGCAAAAGCUGCAGGAGCUUCAACAGGCGCUUGAGACUAUCAAGCUACAGAGGGAAGAGGAAAGGGCAAAAGAAGAGCACCAGCAUCAAGCGAAGGCAGCCGAGUUAAGAAAGUUGAAAACGUGCAACAAUCUUCUGCGUGAGCAAGUACAACAGCAGGAACAGCAGCUGCAGCAGCAUCAACAAAAUCUGGGGCUGCUGCAGCAGCGAGCCGAGAAGGAAGUGCAGCAGCAGCGCGAGAAGCAACAGGAGCACGAACAGCAAAUGAUGCAGGCUGUGGAACAGCUGAAUGCUGCGGUUUCCCACAAAGAGGCAAGAAUAAAGAGUCUGCAGGAGGAGACCGAAGCUGAGAGGCAGAUGGUGUUGCUUCAAUCAGAAGAGCUCGAGGAAACCCGCAAACGCCUUGCUGCUGCAGUAUCGCAGCAGCAACAGCAACAGCAGGCACUUCACGAACAGCAGCAGCAGCUAUUGCGAAUGCAAAGGAAGCAGCAGCAGCAAGAGGAGGAUGCAGCAGCACUGCAACAGCAGUUGCAGCAGCUGCAUCGACAGAACGAAGCAGCCGAACGGGAGCAUGAGGACAGAUACGCUGCGCUCCAAGCUGAAUCAAGCCAAAGAUUGCAGCAGCUGCUGCAACAGGAACAGCAACUCCGGCAGGAAGUUGCAGCGCAACGCAUGUUGCUGCGGAAGGGCAACAGUAGCAGCGAUGAGCUGCUGCUGGCAAAGCACGAGCUUACUACCCUAAAGCAUGAACUGCAGGAGUUGUUAGCUGAGGAAACAGGGAAGAGGGAAAGCUUGAUGCAACAAAAUGAGCAGCAAAAGCAACAAAUCGCCACGAAGCAGCAGCUGCUGCGCUGCCUCAUGCAGGAGAAAGCUGGCCUAGAAGCCCAGCUGUCGCAGGUACAGCAACAGCAGCAACAGCAAAAGCAACAACAGGAAGACGCGUGCAAAGAGCACGUAGCACAAGCCUUACAGCUGGAGAAACAACGAGAAGAAGAGAAGCACAGAGCUGAGCAGCUGCAGCACAAGUUGGAGCAGCAGCAGCAGCAGCUACUCCUGCAGCAACAAAAGCUUGAUUCUCUUUCUCGCGAAAAUGAGGAGAAGCAUCAGCAGCUAUUAUUGCUGCAGCGGGAACAACUAGCCCUGCAAGCGCGCCUAGAAACUGAAUCAGCAGAAACAACGAAGCUGAGAGAUACACUAUAUGCCGCUCAAAAGACCGUCCAAAGACAGCGGGACCAACUGGUGGUGUUGCAGAAGGCAUGCAUGCGUCGAGGAGACAGGGUGGAUAAUGAACUCUUGCAGCUGACAAAUUCAGUACAGCCAGUGGCGGAAAUAACAGCAGCUUCUGAUAAUGCAGUAGAUGCACUUGUUGAAUCGCCUGCUGAUCUGUACACGAAAGCAGAUAAUGCUGCAGCGUCUCUGGUUACUCAAGAAGGUGCGACGUCAACGGACACGGCACGAAGUAACAGCAAACAGCUUGCUGUGCCGCUGGAGAUGUUUUCUCUACCAGAGGCUAACGCCGUGCUGCAGAACAGCGGACAGAAGCAACAACAGAAGCACAAGCAACAGACCAAGCAGAGCCGCCAGAGCAGUGCCGAUACUUGCGACAGUGAACUGCACCCGAACUACAGCAGCAGCAGUAACAGCAGCAGCAGCAUGCAGGCCUUGCAAGAAGAUCAGAGCAUGUCCAGCAGCAAGAGCUCCGCCAGGACAAGCAGCGCAGCAAGCGACACCAGCAGCUACAGCAACUCCUGUAACAGCGAAUGCGAUAGUUCUUUCAGCUUCUUCCGCGAGAGGACCGAACCCAUCUGCAGUGACAGCAGCUCGAGCAGCACAAAAGAACAGCAGAAGCAUAUGCAACCUGGAGACACACCACGGUUUGGUCCUGCAGCGCAGUUCCUGCAAAGACUGGUCAAAGCGCGGCGCACCAGCAACACCGGGCAGCAGCAGUGGCAGCAGCGGAGAGAAACAGCCUCAGGAUUCAAAUAUAGUUCUAACAUUAGCAGCGAAGAACUAAAAAGCAGCAGUCACCUUGGGCUACUGCAGAAGGCGCUCAGUGAACUUCGGAGCUCGACACUGGCUGCGAGGAAACGUAUACGGGAGCUGCAACUGCAGCAGCAGCAAGUGGCAAAGCAGCUCCAGGAGGUUGAAUGGCAGCAGCAACGGCAGCAGCAAGAAGAGGCCAAUGCAUAUGAACAGCUCGCGCAACAAUCUUGCUGCUGCGAAAUAGCUUACCAAGACCUUCUGCAGCAAACAAGUCGUUUUGCUACUGCCAUCCGAAAUAAGCAAAAGCUUGAGGGUGCCGCUCUUCUGGCUGCUACAGAGGACCCUGCAGCUAACGCAGAAGGCAUAGUACCCGCACUGACAGAAACAGUGAGUGACGGUAUAAACGGCCCUGUUAGAGCUUUCAUUGACGCUGCAGUAGACGCGGAACAGGAGGAGGCGCUGCAAGCGCUGCUGACAGCAGCAGACAGAGACACAGUUCGCGCCGCCACUCAGUACUGGACGAGGGAAGCAGCCAUCGCUAGGUGGAUACUACAGCGAGCUCAUGCGGAAAGAGACUCAGCAGCGAACAGUAGGCAGAAAUCGCAGCUGCAGCUGCAACAGCUGCAGCGGCAAACCGAAUCAGGAAGACUUCAGCUGCAGCAGCUGCAAAGGCAGAAACUCGCUUUACAGUCAGAGGAGACGUUUUGCAGAAGACAGCUAAGAAGUUUGGUUAACAGGGAGCAGCAGCUUCUGCUGACCACUUCCCACAAAAGUUGCAGCACGAGAAAUCGCAGCACUGUGCCUUUUUUCAGUGAGCGUGCAUUGUCCCUCGGCAGCAGUUGCAGAGCGGGCGCUAACCGAAGUGCUUCAGCAGAACCGUCGAGCGGCAGUGGUAGCGCACCCCCUCAAUCCGUAGCUACUUCUGCUGCUUCCCUUUUGAAGGAGAGAGGCAACACGGGCAACACCAGUUUGCAGGCCCUAAGUUCGCUGGAAAAACUACUCCAGCACCACAGCAUGCUAUCCUUAUCGCCCUCACUGAAGAACUGGAACUCAGAAUCGGCAGCAGCAGCAGAAGAAGUGAAAAUGGCAAGUGAAAGUCUUCACAACAAAGGCUGCUCUUUCUGGGUGCACCUAGAGGAAAGCGCAGGUCUGUAG